AUGUCAAGGUGGCAUGGGGCCCGGCCGAUGUUGAGCGCACGAGGAAUGAUCGAAGCAAAGGUCAAGAUAGCCCUACUUGGUAUCAAGAAGGCGAUGACGGCAAGCUCCGCAGCCCUCCCAGAAUUCGCCAAGGCAUGCGAAGUGCUGGGCCUCGAUCCAGACGACCUCACAAUACCCGGUUCCGCCCAGGGAGAUGGAGAAGCCAAGAGAUUUAUGUUUUGGCAACCAGGAAGUAUAGUCUGGAUGCUUAUGCAAGAACUCUCUGUUAUUAGAGCAAGCAUCCUCGCCUCGGACUGCGGAACUGGCAAGACAGUCACUGCCCUGGGCCUUGUAGUCGCAGCCGCUGGUGCGAAGGAGACAUCAAAUAAAGGACUGGACAACCCCACACCAUACCGGCCGACCCUAAUUAUCACCCCGACCCAGUCGAUCGACGUGUGGUAUGCCGACAUGCAAAAGUUCUACCCAGAUUGCCUAUCCAUGUACCAGUUUUACGACACUAGUCACACCGUUGAUUCGUCCCGGGCGACGUUUCUCAUCGACCCAAGCGCGGAGGAGUUGACCGCCUUCCUGGACAAGCUGGAUCUGGCCGAUCCCAAGACUGUUUGGACCAUGGUUAUAUCAAGUUACAAAACACGGUUCUACCGGACGAUUGAUACUGCUUACGAAAACGAUACUGUCCGUCAAUAUGCCACGAAGGAUGAUAAUAGCGACGAUAUCGUGGGCGGCAGAGUAUACUCAUCAAAAAUCCGGUUAAGAUUUGAGCGUGUGAUAUGUGAUAAGGCGUACUACCUGCGCAACCCCCGAACCAAAGUAUCUGAGGCUAUCCGUCAGACGAACCGGGUCUACUCGCAUUUCCUCACUGCUACGCCGAUCCUCAACCAUGCUAAGGAUUUCAGGGGUCUCCUGUCACUCAUCUGGAACCCGCAGUGGCAGCUAUCAGGGCUCACGAGCAGCACGGUGAAGACUGUUAAUGACGAUGACCUCGAAAUCGAGUACAUCAACAUGGUUCCCGAUGCAUUUGAGGAUGCGGAAUGGAACCGAGAGUUUCUCCGGGUACUCCCACACUAUACCUGGAUCCUCGACCCUCAGUAA